UGGUUUGACAAGGUUCCUCCGUAAAAGAAUCGCAAGUUGAAAGUGUAAAUGAUGCACGACAUUGGUUGAAUUAAAGAACAGUAACAGUGGAAACCAGAAAGUGAUGCCUAUUUGAGGAAUAGGCUUAAUUGUAUAUAAGUCGUUUUCAGAGGGGUAGGAGAUUAAACAUUGAAGACUUGAGUAUUUCUACGCCCUCAGUUUUCAUGAAAAUCUAGGUAUAUCUGGUUUGUAUAAUCUUAUAAUGUAUUACCUAUACGACAUGUACUUAUUCACUGACUUGGAGGAAUUUAAAAAAAAAAGACUACAUGCAGUUUUGCCAAAGACGAAUACGCACACACACACAAGCACAGAGGGAGAGAGAGAGCGCGCGCGCGCAUGAGAAUGCUCUUCGUGAUUGAUAGGAGAGGUGCAUUUGGACAGACAACGUACAUUGACGUGAACGUUUGAGCUAUUUUAAGUAGGUCAACAAUAAAAGGGGAAACCGCAGACACACGCCUACUCUAUCUGUCCUGUUCAUCUUAAGAGUAGAGAUACAGUAAAUCUCUUUCCCAGAUGAAAAACCAAGGAAAGAUUACACAUUAGCUCUGCCGACUAUCGAUCGAGCCCGUGCGUGUAUCCCAGGAGACUUAAACUGUCACAUAUUAGUUUUGAGCGAUAAGAGCGAUAGAGCGCAAAUGGAAACUAUAAUUGCCUGUAUAUGAUGCAGCACGUUGUCGGAAUAUCUUUUUGUUCAGUUACCCAACACUAUUAUGUAGCGCUCAACCUGACAACAUGACUAAUAUAGAAAGAGGGGGGACGUGCGCAAUCACGUUCGGGAAGCGCUUGUGCGCAAUAGCUUCGCCAGAAGUCUCUUAUAAUGACGACACCGACAACAUAACAAUGAUAAUACUAAGGUAGGCUACUGCAAAUUAUGUGCGACAUAACUUGUAUAUCCAGUAAAAUUCACCAAUACUGAAAGGCCAUUCUUUUGGUGAUGAACACACAAUGAAAAACUGCAAAGUGUCCUCAAAUCAGUGACAAGGAAGGACAAGAAAGCAUACAACCUGAUGCUACAUUUGUUGUCAUGACAGCCGCAAUAACACCGAUUUUCCAGUUGCUCUCACCCUGUUGUCUCUUAAGCUACUUGGGCAACACCGACACCGCGCACGCGCCUGCGCGCCUCGUGGUACAAACAAACUCGGACUCGCGCACCCAAGGCUUCCAGACACUCAUUCGACUCAGCGCGGUGGCGACCGCUGUGCCUUUAAGAAGUCAGCUCGACCCCCCACCCCUCCACCGUCCACCCCUUAGAUCUCAUGUAGACGAUAUUGCAUCAAGAAAACAAUCCAGGAGUUGAGAAUGAGCCAAGACGCGAUGGGGAUGUGGAUAUGAGGCGUCCCUUUAUUUAAAUGUCUGUCUUCACUUGGACGGCAGCACACGGCCAAAAAACAUCAAUUAUCCGGCUUGGCUAUUGACCGACUUAACAUUACACCUGGAGCGGCGUCGAAAGAGAGCUAGCUGUUUGCGAGGCAUUUCUAACGUUGUUCAGACGCAGAAGAAUUCGCCGUUUUGUCCAUCACACCACAGUCGGAGAAAUAUCGUUCAAUGCUUCAGUGCUGCCGUUGUUGACAGAGACGUUUGGAAUAUAGCCCCCCUCUUUUAAGGAAUAGCGAGGGGUGGCAUCGCAAUGUCGUGUCUGAAGUUUUGUGUUGAUUUCCCCUGAACCCUCGCCUCUUAAGGAGAACAUUUGGAUUCGGAGGAAGAAUUGAGAGGGUGACAGGGGCCAUGGCGCAACGGUAUGAAGAUAUGCACCACUACGGAAUGGACGUGGUCGGGAUUCCUUCUUCCAUGUACCCGGACCCUCACACGGCCAGAGCCUUGCAUGCAGCUCACGCGAAUCACGGCCCCCAGCUCCACGCGCACCCGUACCCGCACGGGCCACAUGCAACUGCCGGGCCGCACAGUCUGGGCUCUCCGGUUAACGACGCUUUAAAACGAGACAAAGAUGCCAUUUACGGGCAUCCUCUAUUCCCCCUUCUCGCGCUGGUCUUUGAGAAAUGUGAAUUAGCUACUUGCACGCCGAGAGAGAGCGGAGUCGCAGGCGGAGACGUCUGUUCGUCGGAAUCUUUCAACGAAGACAUUACAGUGUUCGCCAAGCAGAUGCGAUCUGAAAAGCCUUUGUUCUCCUCCAAUCCAGAACUGGAUAACUUGAUGAUACAAGCCAUACAAGUAUUACGAUUUCACUUGUUGGAACUAGAGAAGGUACACGAGCUUUGUGACAAUUUCUGUCACCGGUACAUUAGUUGCCUGAAAGGGAAAAUGCCAAUUGAUUUGGUCAUGGAUGGCGAUGGAGAUUCAAAGUCGGACAGUGAGGAUUUAACGAGGACCCCCGCCAAUGUUGGUCAGAUGUCCUGGGCCAGGGAUCAGGAGGACUGUGUGUCGGUGCGUUCCUCUGGGACUCCUGGACCAUGUAGUGGAGGACACGCCUCCCACAGCGGAGACAACAGCAGUGAGCAAGGCGAUUGUUUGGACAACGGCGUGGCGUCCCCCAGCACAGGGGAUGACGAUGACCUCGACCGGGACAGGAGGAACAACAAGAAGCGGGGGAUUUUCCCCAAAGUGGCCACCAACAUCAUGAGGGCCUGGCUCUUCCAGCACCUAACGCACCCAUAUCCAUCUGAGGAACAGAAGAAGCAACUGGCACAAGAUACAGGGCUGACCAUCCUACAAGUAAAUAACUGGUUCAUCAACGCCCGAAGGAGAAUAGUCCAGCCCAUGAUUGACCAGUCAAAUCGAUCAAUAGGUCAAGGGCCGUAUGUGCCUGAGGCUCCACCAAUGGGAGGCUUUAUGAUGGACGGACAGCCUCACAUGGGGAUCCGCCCACCUGGGGCUCUGGGUGGAAUGGGCGUUGGCAUGGGGAUGGAAGGCCAGUGGCACUACAUGUAAGCGAUGUCCACUGGGAGACUCCAGUCGCCGCGUCCGGGUGAGGGAGGAGUGUGGACGUCUGGUCUCCCGUAAUGGGGUCACAUACAGGUGUGGGUUCCGUGGCUGCAGGUGUCCCCCCCCCCCUAAAACGGAGCCUUCUACUCACUCCCAUGAGCCUUCUCUCCUCUCUGCGCAUAAGACACACUCUUAUGGACGUUGCCAUGGUGACACUACCAGGAUGCACCGUUCGUCUCUUCUGUUUGUUUGUUGGUGGGCGAGUCAUGGAAAUACCUGCCCUCCUCUCCCACCCCCCACGCCCAGCCUCCUACUCCAGAACCCAGCAAAUUCUCCUCGUGUGCUCUUCGUUUUUGCCCUCAGGUGCUUCAACACUGUACUAAUGACCCCUAAAUCAGGAGAUGCCACAGCGGUUGCCUUGGGUACCAAACAGAAACCAAAGACAACAAACCAAAACAACUCACAAUCUUCUACAAUAACAGGAAGACAAAACCUGCUGACAGCUGAGGCCUGUUCAAUGAUUGACCAGUGCUGGGGUGUAGCAAAUACCCACAAUGCAAUGCGGGUUUGGACAAGGAAGAGGGCUAACUUCUCAUACGGUCCCUUCUGGACAUCCACCCUGAGGUGAUGUCACAGACGGGGUUGUCAUAGAGGCCUGCACCGUAUGUUUCAUUUUGUGAUUAUAAUUUUUUUUUUUCUAACUGAUUUUACGGGGGUGGAUUUGGACAAUCACGUGAUGAAUACUGCUGUGAAAUGUUUGGACUUGGACGUGGGGUUUCCAGGGGUAACGCGCUGGUAUCUGUGUGGUGUGAUCUGAUUUUUUUCCCGUGAGGAUUUGACGUGUUUAUCCACACUGUGUGUGUGUGUGUGUGUGUGUGUGUGUGUGUGUGUGCGCAUGUCUGUGUGAGUGUGUGUGCGUGUGUGU